AUGUCCAUGAAGAUAAGCGUGUACGAGAAACUCCUCACGAAACUCAUACCUAGCCAAAGUCCUGACGUACAGCAGGCGAUUAGAAACGCACUGCACGAGAAUUCUACGGUAGCUGAAGAUGACGUCUCAAUGUCAGACGAAAACUCACCAUCAGCCGAAGACACUAUUGAGGAUGAAAAUUCCGUUCUCUUUGGAAUCGCCUCUCCCCUACGGGCUUAUUCUGGGCGUAGGAAGCCAGUGGAAUGUGUAGGCGAAACCUCGACUAUUAGGUGGCUGGGCAUGCUUCUGGUAAAGCUACAACUACCGAAUUUUAUGUCUGAAGAGAAUAUUAUGUCCAUGGCUUCAUAUGAUUUGUCCUGGAAGUUGGAAACAACUGCGAAGAUAGACGAUGUCAAUGAAAAAUGCAACUAUUUCUCCGGCGAGGCUGAACUCCCCCAGCUUGACAUGAUGCAUAAUCUGACUUCUUUACCACCAAAAGAUGUUGCUGAUCUGCUGGUAAAUGCCUACUUCACCACCGUUCAUCCUCUCUUCCCCGUUCUUCCAAAGAUACCGACAGGUGAAGUAGAGGACCAUAGCAUAUACUGUGCCAGAUCACAGGCUUUGGCUCAGGGGAUAGUCGAUCCCCGCGGCUAUCCGGACACAUAUUCCUCGUUAGAGCCGAUACAACUUAUCGCCAUUAGGGGAGUGUAUCAGCUUUCCACUUAUCAAAUCACAGGAGCAUGGACAUCAGUCACCACUGCGCUGAAGUUUGCGUAUAAUCGAUCUCUCAAUGUACAAGCCACUGCCCCUGAACUCUCCGGAGAAUCCAAGCAACUUGAAGCUCGCGUUUGGCACUCACUUCGAUCUCUAGAGCAGUUCCUCUGCAUACUCACAGGAUAUCCAUCUGAAUUUCAAGGUCAGCCAAUUCACAUUAGGCCGUUCCAAACUACUGAGCCACCUUUUAUCAGAAGUCCUCUUCCUCUGGCCAACUUCAAUAUCCUAGGUAGUACAUUAGACCUGGAACUCUCCGCCGUCUACUCCUUUGACGAGGAAUACCCAUCCAGCAAUUUCAUCACCGGGCUCCGACUAGAUGAAAUUGUAAGCGAAGCUAUAACCUCGCUGUACGGCAUGAAGUCUCUCGAUAAUACAUGGGCACAUACCCAGCGCCUGAUAAGCGAUUUAGACAACAAGUUAAGCCAAUGGUACGCAAGCAUUGACCCUGGCUUCCCAUACACCGUCCAAUCCAUAGACCUCUGCGCUCCUCCCUCCACGAGCCUAACAUACCUGCACCUCCGCUACUUUAGCGCAAGGAUACUGAUCAACAAACCUGUUCUGUGUGAUCCGUCCGAACUGAUUCUAACCAUUCCUUACCAAUCUGAGGCGUCAAGGCAGAUGGACUCCGAUGCAGCUGUGCGUUGCAUAUCGGCUGCUAGACAGAUACUGCAGCUUCUGCCGCUGAACAUCGAUAUCGUCGAACUACAUGGCAAGACCCCCUGGUGGUGUAUACUGCAUUACAUAGUGCAGGCCAGUAGUGUACUGAUAACGGAACUUUCGUUCGAUGAGCCCCAUUUACCGAUGGAAAUGGACGAUAUUAUUAGCCAGUCGGACCUAGCUAUUCGUUGGCUGUCUACUCUCGCUGGGACAUGCGAGUCAGCUAGCAAGGCAUGUCAUUGUAUGAAUAGCCUGCACCAUCUUGCGCUGGAGAAGCGCGAGAGAGCUAGUCAGGGACAUGGCCAGUGA